GUAAUGUCAUCGUAAUAAGAUCGUGCAAGAUUGAGUUAUAGUCUUCCAUUCAGCUCCCAAUACCUGCUGAGGACUGCACACCAUGGCUAACCUUGCUAACAACACUAUGAACAAAGUGAAGAUACUGGUGGUGGGAGACUCAGGUGUCGGUAAAACAUCUCUAGUUCACUUGAUCUGUCACGGUGAGGCUCUUGGGAACUCCUCCUGGACCAUUGGCUGUAGUGUUGAGGUUCGAAUUCAUGAGUUUCGUGAGGGAACCCCAAGCCAGCGACCAUAUUUUGUGGAGUUCUGGGACGUGGGUGGCAGCGGCUCCCAUCGCAAUGCACGCCAUGUUUUCUACACCCCUGUCCAAGGCAUCAUUCUGACCCACGACCUCACCAACCGCAAGUCACAGGUCAACCUUCACCGGUGGCUGGCAGAGGUGCUGCUGCGGGAGGCUGGUGGGGGGUCAGGUGGCGCAGGUGGAGGGAGGAAUCGUUCAUCCCUGCUAGUGGAAGAUUUUGAUGCGGAGAACUUUGGAGGGUUUGCUCAGGUAUAUGGUCUGAAAAAGGUCCCGGUGUUUGUCGUGGGCACCAAGCUGGACCUUAUGGGUACCUACCGUUCCUAUAACAGAAGCAGGGCCUCUACCAUUGCUGAGGAGUGUUCAGCUGAUGAGAUAAAUGUGAACACACAGGACCCUCGAUCUUUGGCUCCUGGAUCAAGCAAUGCUGUCAAACUAUCAAGAUUUCUGGACAAAGUAAUAGAGAAGCAAGCUACUUUAAGAGGGGAAGUGGAUAGAGAGGGUGGUGGGUUCUCAUACUCCUCUUCCUCUUAUUAUUCUUUUCCUCCUCCUCCUUCCGCUUCCUCCUCUUCCUCUUUGGCAACAACCAGAAGGGCUAAAACCUCAUUUUCAUCCAUCUCUGGGCCUCCUGUAAUGCCUUCCUCUCCUACCUCUCCCUCUUCCUCCUAUUUGAUUGGUUAAGGGUUAGAUUGUAAUUCUCUCUCUCUCUCUCUCUCUCUCUCUCUCUCUCUCUCUCUCUCUCUCUCUCUCUCUCUCUCUCUCUCUCUCUCUCUCUCUCUCUCUCUCUCUCUCUCUCUCUCUUAAUUGUUUUGUAACUAUGAUGACAUGACAUGGAAUAAAGAUGAAAUUUGU